AUGAUGCGCAACGCGGUUGCGGUAACCGCAACGCCAGACAAGUCAAAAUCGAAUUGGACAGCGCAGGCGCAAGCGUUUAGUGAAGAUGAAUCUGAUGCGAUAUUGCAAUCAUAUUUAUUAGAUGUCGACAACAAGCGCAAAGCAAUGAAGCUACACCUCGAUAGAUCUUUAAGCGCUUUCACAGCUCGCUCUCUCUCCAUUCUCGCAAGUGUCCCGAAAGCACUGCACAACCUCACCCUGGGUGAAUUUCAGGACAAAUUCGGCGGUGAUCUCGUACGCGCUGUCCGCGGCGAGGGCGUUAAAGACGCCACUCAUGAUCUUGAAGACAAUGACCGCGAGGAGGAGUGGGAAGCUGCACGGAAACGGAAGCGGGUGGACAAGGACGGCGAUGGUAUUGAUCCCAGUCAGAGUCCACAGCUUGAGAAGAAAACUAGUCGGAAGAAUACAAAGAAAGUUGCUAAAACACCUUCUGCACGCAGUACACGCUCAACGAGAUCAAAAACUAAGGGCAGAAAUGGUGUCAGUGCGGUGAAAGAUAGUGAAGAUGAAGAUUCUCAUAUGCCUUCUUCCUCUUUUAACCCCACUCUCACUACACAUGAUGAUUUGCCCGAUGAGGCUGAGGUGGAGGCUGAAGUGAGGGCUGGUAUGUACAAUACCUCAACACAUCACACUAUCAAACGACGUCCAUCUAUACAGUUAGUGGGGAAUGGCAUAUCGGAUCUCAAUAUCGAUCAUAUCGACCUUCCGAAUGCAUCCACUAAGAACGAAACGAGAUAUCUUCACGACACAGCUACCCUAUUCAUUCCCCUUCCCGAUGGGACUAAGCUGGCUGUUGAUCCUGCGCGGGCUGAGCCUGAAGAGCUCAAUAAGCUCGAAGGGGUCAAUGAUGAGAUGCGCGAUAUAGUUCGCAAACAGAUUGAAAGGCGUAUGCAAGAGUUGGUGGGUUUGAUUGAUAGAUGGAAGACCUAG